AUCUAUGCCUUAUUUGGUCGCAAAAAUAUCAAUCCGUGACAAGUAACAAUGUCCACAUUUCAGCAAGAUAUAUUAUACCAUAAGGAAAGUUCAUAUUAUAUUACAAAAUAACCGAUACUUAACAAAAGUAAAUGCACCCAAUAUAUACACAAAUACUUUAAUUGUUUCCAAGUAAUUUUAUUGGAACUUUUGAAGGAUAAAUAAAGAAGAGAGAUAGAGAUCUUGAGAGAGAGAGGAGAGAUGAGUAUCACUGAGUCAUAUCCACCGGCUUUCCGCCGUGUAAUCAACGACGGAGCUCCAUCAGCUACGGCAGAGAUCGAACCGGUUCUUGUCCAGGACAAGGAUAUCGACGUCCCGGUUAUCGAUUUUGAGUGUUUGGACAAGGAGAUACUAACAGAGGCAUGCAGAGACUGGGGAAUAUUCCGUCUAAAGAAUCACGGAGUACCGUUGCCGUUGAUGUCACAGCUUCAAGAGAUCUCGGAAUCGUUGCUGAGUCUACCGUUUGAGAACAAACAGAAAUUAUUCGCCGCCGUUAACUCUCCGAUGUCGUAUUUCUGGGGAACACCUGCUUUGAAUCGUUCAGGAGAUGCACUGAAGAGGGGAGCUCAGGCUUCGAACGUAAGUAUGGUCGAAGGUUUCAACGUUCCUCUCUCGAAGCUUCCAGCUUCUACUUCCUGUGACGAUGAUGCUCAACGUUCAGAGUUAGAAUCUUUCAGUGUUUCUGGAUUGUUUAUCCUUUGUGAAGUAUGAUUGCCUCCCAUAUGUUCCAUUCGGUUUGAGUGGUUCUGUUACAGGGAGUAGUGUGCCCAAGAUUAUGUAUGCUUCCAUGUUUGUUUUGCUCAAAGGCUCAUCCAUUUGGUGCUUUGUCGCCUCUGCUUGUGAUGCCGAACUUCUGAUUGUUAAAGCUGCUUCUGUUGUGGUUUCAAUCUCGGGCGUUAGACCAGUACUUGUGCUCUCUAAUUCCCAAAGCUUCAUUUCACUUCUUAGCACGAUUGGCGUUGAGUUUCGAGGACUACUCAGCGACAUUAUGUGUUGUUUAUGUGUUAUGUUUGCUCCUAUCUUAUGGUGUUAUAUCUCAUUGUUUUGUUUUGCUAUGGUAGCAGCAUAUGUUU